AUAGUCACAUUUCUUCAGUCAUUCGAAGAAGUUUCAGCUAAAGCAAACAAUUUACAACUGUUUCAAUUACAAUUCAAUUUGUUUUGUUUUAACAAAUAAACAAUUAUUUUGUUUUAAAAACCUUUUUUUCCCCGAAUAAAUUCAUUCAUCAAAAUGGCAAACAAGCAUAACUUAUUGUUGUUGUUCGAUCGUCCACUCGAACCAGUGUUCAUGUCGAAAGGCAAGAAUAGAGCCAAAUUUGAUGUGCCAAACAGCCUUUUGAGUGAUCGUUACAAGGGCAACCCUGAGAUUCAAGAACGUUUCGGUGAAGAUGCUGGAGAACGCAUUCCGGUCCGUGCCAACAUUAGCAUUCCAAAUUUGAAGGUUCCAAUGUCGUUGGAUCGCAAGGAACAAUUCUCAUUGUUCAUUCCACGCCAUCGACGCAUUGCCGCCCAUCUUAUCAACAUUUUCUUGGGACUCAAGAGUGUCGAUGAUUUUCAAACGGUUGCCGUGUACGCCAGAGAUCGUGUGAAUCCCGUUUUGUUCAACUAUGCAAUGUCCGUUGCUCUGCUUCAUCGUCCGGACACAAAGGAUCUGAAUUUGCCAUUGUUUGCUGAAAUAUUCCCCGAAAAGUACGUCGACUCAAAGAUGUUCCGUGAAAUUCGUGAAGAAGCGACGGUUGUCCCGGACGGAUCGCGUAUGCCGAUCAUCGUGCCCAAAGAUUACACCGCAUCUGAUCUUGAACCAGAGCAUCGCUUGUGGUACUUCAGAGAGGACAUUGGCAUCAAUUUGCAUCACUGGCAUUGGCAUCUCGUGUAUCCUUUCGAAGCGGCCAAUGAUGCUAUCGUUCGUAAAGAUCGUCGUGGUGAACUUUUCUAUUAUAUGCAUCAGCAGAUUGUGGCCCGUUACAACUUUGAACGUUUAUCGAAUAAUUUGGCUCGUGUGACACGUUUCAAUAACAUCAGAGAGCCAAUUACUGAGGCCUAUUUCCCGAAAAUGGAUUCGCUUGUUGCGUCACGCGCUUGGCCAUCUCGUGCAGCCAACACUCGAUUGGCCGACUUGAACCGUGAAUUAGAUCAAGUUAAAUAUGACGUAAGUGACUUGGAACGAUGGACCAGCCGAUUUGUUGAGGCUUGUCACCAAGGCUUUGUCAUGGACACAUCUGGCAAUCGCAUCCCAUUGGAUGAACGCACUGGCAUUGAUCUUUUGGGUAAUAUCAUGGAGUCAUCAUCACUUUCAGUCAAUCGCGAUCUUUACGGUGAUUUGCACAAUCUUGGCCAUGUGUUCAUCUCUUACUCUCAUGAUCCGGACCAUCGUCACUUGGAAAGUUUCGGAGUGAUGGGUGAUAGUGCGACUGCUAUGAGAGACCCAGUCUUCUACAGAUGGCAUGCAUAUAUCGAUGAUUUGUUCCAAGAACACAAACAACGUUUGCCUCAAUACACAACUCAACAACUUGACUAUCCAAACAUUCGAGUUGAAAGUGUUCAGGUGCAACCAGAUAAUGGGCCAGCUAAUACCUUCCAAACGUUCUGGCAACAAUCUGAUAUUGAUUUGUCACGUGGUCUUGACUUCGUUCCUCGCGGAAAUGUCUUUGCUCGAUUCACUCAUUUGCAACAUACUGAGUUCAUAUACAACAUUAAUGUGAACAACGGCACUGGCGCUCAAGCUAUGGGAACAUGUCGAAUUUUCAUGGCUCCACGGAAUGACGAACGUGGCACACCAAUGUUGUUCAGAGAUCAACGGCUCAUGAUGACCGAAUUGGAUAAAUUCACCGUCGCAUUGAACGUUGGUCCAAAUCUGAUCCGACGCCGUUCAACCGAUUCAUCGGUUACAAUUCCAUUUGAGCGUACAUUCCGUGAUUUGGAUACAAAUCGUCCAGGCGCCGGUACACAAAGCGAGGAACAAUUCAAUUUCUGUGGUUGCGGUUGGCCACAGCAUAUGCUGAUUCCGAAGGGAUUGCCUGGAGCUGGUCUUGCCGCCGAUUUAUUUGUCAUGAUUUCGAACUAUAAUGAUGAUCGAAUUGACCAAGAUUUAGUGGGAACUUGCUCGGAUGCCUCGUCAUUUUGUGGAGUCAAAGAUCGUCUGUAUCCAGACAGAAGAUCGAUGGGUUAUCCAUUUGACCGUUUGGCUCGUUCAGGUGUUGAUCGCUUACAACAAUUCCUUACACCAAACAUGAACAUUGUUCAAGUCAACAUUGUUCAUACCGAUCGCACCGUACAACGCAACCAACGCCAAUAAAUUCAACCCCGAUUUCAAAUUCGACGACGAAUGAGGAACCAAAAAAAAUCGCGACUAUCUUCAAAAUGAAUAACAAAACUGCCGAUAUUCUUCUUUUUUUUCUAUUCUAAAUAUUUCAUUGAAGCUUCAUAUGAAAACAUGUAUCUAAAAAUCAACCAAUAAAAAUAUCUGUUUCAUGUCAAAUUAAA